AUGUGCUUGCUUUUGAGAAAAUCAGCACUCUUCAGAUUAGUAUUAGGAAUAAUGACCAUGUUUGUUCUGUGUUUACCUGACUUUUUCAAAAUCCACGAAGCUAACACUGUAAUUGUAUCAUGCCUGGAUACCUGCUCAUCAAAUAACACCACUUUUCCACUUUGUACUUUCAACAAUUCCUGCAAAAGACCAAUGCAACAAAGAACAGGAAACCAGGCUGUUUUACUGAAGGCCAUUGUAAAUCAUUCCAGUUUCCAAAAUACUCCAUGCAUUUGCCAGUCCUCCAGGAGGGAACAACAGCCUCAUACUAAACACACGGAGUGUGAAUCCAGGAGAAAUGUGGAUGUUGAUCAUCCGGGAUCAGGGGCAGUAGCUAAAAAAGCAAAAAGCUCUCUUGAAGUGGAAACAGAAGAUGUUAAUUAUUUUUAUAACUACUUAAAUUUCACUAUGGUUUCUGAGACAGAAGGAGUAGAGCAUAAUACUCACUACCUACUGGAAAUUCACAUCAACCCUUCUCUAGUUGGAGGCAGAAAUGCUGCUGAAGAACACUUAAAUCAUUCCUGUCUAGUGGCAAUGAUGGGAGACCAAAAUGACUGUAUAAAUAUUUCACUGCAACUGAAGUCUCACGUGGAAUAUCCAAUGUGUAUGACAAAGAUCAUUUGGCUCACUAUGAUUCCAGUAGUUGUUGUGUUUACCGUUUCAAUCGUCAUCUACAAAAUAGUACAAGAAAAUGAACCAAACUCAGAUUGCAAACACAGAACAUCAGCAUCAGUUUCUAGUAUCAUAAGAAAAGAGAGUUUCAGACAUGCAACAAGAACUGUAUCUACUAAAAUUCAUCCUUUCCCUGUGAAAUCCAAUGAACAAGAGAUUGCACUUUCUGCCCAGAUCACAAAUGUGCUGCCCAUGAUUCCUGAACAGGAGCAUUGUCAUGUGGGUGAAACAACUGUCCAAGCAAAGGCAGAUUUCAAGUGCGCUGAGGAGGAAGAUGGCAGUAAAGCUGUUUCUUUGGUUUCUAAGUUAUUCCUGCGGGACAGCAACCUGCAGACACAGAAACAGGUCUAUCCCAAGUGUCUGACUCCAGAACUGGCACCUUGUGUCAAAUCCUGUAGCGCAGAAGAGAAACAGCCUUCCUCUUUACAGCAGCAGCAAUUCCAUUUCACUAAGAACUAUGAUUAG